AUGCAACAUUUAAAUGUACUAUACACAACUCCUAAAUACAAAACAUUCUCUUCUCUUCCAUUUCCUUUCUUUUUCCAUUUCCUCUCUUUAACAUUUUCUUUACUUCUCUUCUUCUGCUUGUUGUAAAUGUCUUGUUCUGCUUCUCUUUUCAUUUGCUUACACAAACAGAACAUUAUUUAACUUUUCACACAAGUCUUGUUUUGUGACAAACCUUCUUUAUUUCCAUUUCAGAAGAAACAUAAUUAGCCUUAUGAAAAGCUAACAAAAAUUGUUUGUUAUUUUUGAGAUCUAGCUGUGGUUUUUGUUCUCUCUCUCUCUCUAGAGUAGUAACUCACAUUGUUUUGCGUGGACCAGAAGUAAAACAAAACAAAAACAUUUAUGUUUCUUUACCAAAGUUGGUUCCUUUAAACCCUUUUGGAUCUAGUAGUGUUUGUUGUCAUAUACUACCAUUAUUCACAUCUUUGUCUUGUUGAGUUCUUGUCAUUCUUCUCUUUUGUUUUUUUGUGAUAAAAAACUACUACUAUUCAAAUGGAUCGUUUUUCUUCUACUACUACUACUAUCCCUUUUGCUUUUCAUGGAGCUAAAGAUGACAUCACCAUGCAAUUCUCUUUGAUUUGGACUCAAAUCAAAGCACCAUUGAUAGUUCCAUUAUUGAGAAUAUCAGUGUUUUUGUGUUUGAUAAUGUCAGUGAUGAUGGUUAUUGAGAGGGUUUAUAUGGGCAUUGUCAUUUCUCUUGUGAAACUAUUUGGAAGAAAACCUGAAAAACGUUACAAAUGGGAACCUAUUAAGGAUGAUAUUGAGUUGGGAAACUCUUGUUAUCCAAUGGUUCUUGUUCAAAUCCCUAUGUACAAUGAAAGAGAGGUUUAUCAAUUGUCAAUUGGAGCUGCAUGUGGUCUCUCUUGGCCUUCUGAUAGGAUCAUUAUACAAGUUCUUGAUGACUCCACUGAUCCAACAAUCAAGGAGUUGGUACAAGUAGAAUGCCAAAGAUGGGCAAACAAGGGUGUGAAUAUAAAGUAUGAGGUUAGAGACAAUAGAAAUGGAUACAAAGCAGGAGCACUAAAAGAAGGAAUGAAACAUAGCUAUGUGAAACAAUGUGAUUUUGUUGCAAUAUUUGAUGCUGAUUUUCAACCAGAGUCUAAUUUCUUAUGGCGCACAGUGCCAUUUUUGGUGCAUAAUUCUGAACUUGCCCUUAUUCAAGCUCGUUGGAAAUUUGUGAAUGCAGAUGAAUGUUUAAUGACCAGAAUGCAAGAGAUGUCACUAGAUUACCAUUUUACCGUUGAACAAGAAGUUGGCUCUUCCACUUAUGCCUUUUUUGGCUUCAAUGGGACUGCGGGAGUAUGGAGAAUUUCAGCUAUGAAUGAGGCUGGUGGAUGGAAGGAUAGAACCACAGUUGAAGACAUGGACUUGGCAGUUCGAGCUAGUCUCAAAGGAUGGAAAUUCUUAUACUUAUCAAACUUGCAGGUGAAAAACGAAUUGCCGAGUACUUUCAAAGCCUACCGUUACCAGCAGCAUCGUUGGUCGUGUGGACCUGCAAAUCUUUUCAGGAAAAUGGUCAUGGAGAUUAUCAAAAACAAGAAAGUAUCGCUGUGGAAGAAGAUACAUGUAAUUUACAACUUCUUCUUUGUUAGAAAAGUUGUAGCACACAUCAAUACGUUUGUGUUUUAUUGCAUUGUACUACCUGCGACAGUUUUGGUACCGGAAGUGGUGGUUCCGAAAUGGGGUGCUGUUUAUAUCCCUUCGGUUAUUACUCUUCUCAAUGCUGUUGGAACUCCAAGGUCACUCCAUUUACUCGUCUUUUGGAUUCUUUUUGAGAAUGUCAUGUCGCUACAUAGAACGAAAGCAACUAUAGUUGGUCUAUUGGAGACUAGUCGAGUGAAUGAAUGGAUUGUCACUGAGAAGCUCGGAGACGCUCUCAAGGUUAAAGCAGGAACGAAAGCACUCAAGAAGCCUCGAUUCAGAAUUGAAGACAGGAUUCACUUGUUAGAACUCGGUGUUGGAAUGUACCUCUUCUUUAUCGGCUGCUACGACGUUAUGUUCGGGAAAAACCACUUCUUCAUCUUUCUCUUUAUCCAAGCAUUAGCCUUCUUCAUCAUGGCAUUUGGAUAUGUUGGAACCUUCAUUCCCAACUCAUAGAAGGACUUGGCAUUUCUUCACUCAACGAUUUCAUCUUCUGUUGACUCAAUCACAGUUGUAAUAUAAUGUGUUUUCAGCGUUGUUAGUUUAAAGGAAAAGGUUGUUAUUCUUUGAGGUUUUGGAUAAGGGUGAGUGACUUUUGAAGAGUUUAGUUUUCUUGUGAAUAUUCAACAAAAACAUAAAGAAAUUAUAUUAAGUCCUUCUCAUGGAAGGUAAGUCCUCUGAAUAAGAACAAGGCAGCAAUCUCCUGGCAUCAAUCCUCAUGGAAGCAAUAAGGUUUUAUUGGAUGGAUUGCUUAUAAGAUUUUGUAGUUCAUUGUGAUUUCAUUAUUUUUUAAAAGGUGUAUUUGUUGGAAGAAAUAAGCAGCUCCUAGAAAUUGAUUAAA